AUGCUUCGUAGCUUAAGACAAGGAGGAGCAUGGAAGCGUGGUUUGGCCACCAGUGCUGAUCCCGCUGCUGUUCCUAACCGUGUACAUGGAGGAUUGAAGGACUCCGACCGGAUCUUUCAAAAUGUCUACAGUAAGUAUGGACACGAUUUAAAGUCUGCCCAAAAGAUGGGAGAUUGGUACAAGACCAAGGAGAUCAUUUUGAAAGGUGACAAAUGGAUUAUCGAUCAAAUGAAAGCAAGUGGAUUAAGAGGUCGUGGAGGUGCUGGGUUCCCCUCUGGACUUAAAUGGUCAUUUAUGAAUCCUCCAGGUUGGGAAAAGAAUGCUGGUCCAAGAUAUUUGGUGGUCAAUGCGGACGAAGGUGAACCAGGUACUUGUAAAGAUAGAGAAAUCAUUAGAAAGGAUCCUCAUAAAUUGGUUGAAGGAUGUCUUUUGGCUGGUCGUGGGAUGAAUGCUACAGCUGCUUAUAUUUAUAUUAGAGGGGAAUUUUAUAAUGAAACGGUUAUUUUACAAAAUGCCAUUAAUGAAGCUUAUAAAGCCGGUUUAUUAGGUAAGAACGCCUGUGGCUCUGGUUACGAUUUCGAUGUUUAUAUCCAUAGAGGUAUGGGUGCUUAUGUUUGUGGUGAAGAAACUGCUUUAAUUGAAUCUAUUGAAGGUAAAGCUGGUAAACCAAGACUUAAGCCUCCAUUCCCUGCCGGAAUUGGUUUAUUUGGUAGACCAACAACAGUUGCCAAUGUUGAAACUGUUUCUGUUGCUCCAACCAUUUUAAGAAGAGGUGGUGAUUGGUUUGCAAGUUUUGGUCGUGAAAGAAACUCUGGUACAAAGUUAUUCUGUAUUUCAGGUCAUGUCAAUGAACCUUGUACCGUUGAAGAAGAAAUGUCUAUUCCAUUAAAGGAAUUAUUGGAAAAGCAUUGUGGUGGUGUUAAGGGUGGCUGGGAUAAUUUGUUGGGUGUGAUCCCUGGUGGUUGUUCAGUUCCUGUUAUGCCAAAGGAUGUUUGUGAUAACGUUUUAAUGGAUUAUGAUGCCUUAAGAGAUGUUGGAUCUGGUUUAGGUACUGCUGCUGUUAUUGUCAUGAACAAACAAACUGAUAUUAUCAGAGCCAUUCAAAGAUUCUCUGCCUUUUAUAAACAUGAAUCAUGUGGUCAAUGUACCCCAUGUCGUGAAGGUACUACUUGGUUAGCUAAAAUGAUGGAUAGAUUCUAUAAGGGACAAGCCACUGAGAAGGAAAUCGAUAUGGUAUUUGAAUUAACAAAGGAAGUUGAAGGUCAUACUAUCUGUGCUUUAGGUGAUGCUGCUGCAUGGCCAAUUCAAGGUUUAAUUAAAUCUUUCAGACCCGUCAUGGUUGACAGAAUCAAUGAAUUCAAUGCCACACAUCCUUUGGAAACUCAUGGUGGUUGGGUUGCUGGUGGUAAGGUGAAGGAUGGUGUUGUUGUAGACAACCCAAUUCCAGCUCACCAUUAA